AUGGCCGGCGGACGAAAAGCGAAAGCGCCGGCACCGCCUCCGAAGCCGACCAACACUUUUGUCCUCGACAAUGGCGCCUCUACCCUGAAGGCAGGCUUUGUCCUUGACGGAGUGAUUGACGUGCCCGAAGUUAUCCCCAACUGCAUCGCGCGCGACCGAACUCGGAAGAUAUACGUCGCUUCAGAGCUCGACAAAUGUACCGACUUCGGCGAGAUCCAAUUUCGACGACCUGUUGAAAAGGGCUUCAUCGUCAACUGGGAGGUGCAGUCGGAGAUCUGGGACUACGAGUUCUUUGGUAGCAAAGCGCCAUUCCCAUGCGAUCCGUCAGAGACGCGACUUGUGCUUGCCGAGCCUCCGAAUGGACUUCCUGUUUUACAGUCAAACUGCGAUCAGAUAGUUUUUGAGGAAUAUGGCUUUGAAAGCUACUACCGAGGGGUUGGACCGGCAUUCAACGCAUAUCACGACUUGCAAUCUCUGUUCCGAACACCGAUGGAUGCCGCGACAACCCCCAACGUCCCUGCCGAGAUUCUUCUUGUCGUCGACUCGGGAUAUUCUCACACCACAGUGACGCCAGUGUUCCAAGGCCGGCCGCUGCAUUCCGCGGUGCGUCGCCUAGACGUAGGAGGCAAGCUCCUCACCAACUACAUGGCCCGACAAAUAUCCCUACGACACUUUGACGUCCGAAACGACCCGCACAUCGUCAACGAGAUGAAGGAGCUGGCGUGCUUCGUCUCGCUCGACUUCAAGGGUGACCUGGAAAAGUCGUGGAAAGGGACCCGAGGACAGAAGCGACCGGACUAUGUGUCAGGCGGCGGCAUAGCCAAGGAUUAUAUUCUUCCCGAUUUCCACGCCAAGCUGAAGGGCUCCCUGCGCGACUACGACCCGGCGAACCACUCGAAAGCACAGAAGCUCGCCGCGACGCAGGCGGACGAAGACGUGCUCACGCUCCGAAACGAACGAUUCAUAGUACCCGAGAUAUUGUUCAACCCCGCCGAUAUUGGAAUGCGGCAGCCCGGCAUCGCCGAGCUCAUCUACCAAUCACUGCAGGAUCUGCCGGUCGGCUUGUGGCCUGGCCUGCUCGCCAACAUUGUGGCAGUGGGAGGCAACACUCUCUUUGAAGGCUUCAUCCAGCGGUUGCAGAAGGAAGUCGUUCAGCGAGUGCCCGACGACUGCGUUGUCCGCGUUGCGCGGCCGCCCGAGCCCAUCACGAGCACAUGGACUGGUGCCGCCAACCUGGCAAACCAUCCCAACAUUGAGAAGCUCGCAGUCACAAAGCAGCAGUACGAGGAACAUGGCCAGGCAUGGCUGGCGCGCAAGUUCUUGUCAGGGCCUGACGGGUCAUGA